AUCACCAUGUGGUCAUCUAUCGCAGGAAAUUGAUCCUCCGCUGGAAUUUCCUGCAGGCGACCUCAUGAGGACAUUAUAAAAUCAUCGAAAUAUUUCCUCCCGGAUAAUCUAAUACUGGAGAAAAACGUAUCAAGAUUUAUAUAUAUUGUAUUUGAGUAAAGCGAAUCGUUAAGAACAGUAAUGCACUGUGUAUAAAAUUGUCAUCGGGUUAAAUGGAUUUAUAUUAUCAUUUACAACAAUUAAAAAUUUCUACUGAGACUAAUGAAAAAUGAAUAUGUAGCCAUGUAUAACUGUACCGUACCAUUUAAAGAGAAUAAACAGCUGACUGCGUUUGAGCUCUGUGGAGUCUGUGGUAGUAAACAACAGUCCAUUACGGUACUCGCGUCACUGCGGUGUGGUAACCAACAGUGCAGCUCUCUUGAAGACACGGUGAAGCAGCUAAAGACCGAAUUGAAACAUCAGAACUACAGAGUCAAUUUAGGUAACCCAGUUUAACUGUGCAGAAAAGAAGAGGAGAACAGCAGUUAUUCUGUUACUAACUUUUUCUCCAAAGCAUAUAAAACUGGAGAAAUAGCCUAAGGACUGGUUAGACACGUGUACUACCCUGAUAGUACUGUAACAAGAAAUGGCAGCAAACCGUGUUGUUAUAGCAUCAGCUGUGCGGACACCUGUUGGGUCAUUCAAUGGAGGUUUGUCAUCAUUGCGAUCUCAUGAAUUAGGGUCUUUAGUCAUCAAAGAAGCAUUGUCUCGAGCAUCUGUUGUACCAGAAGAUGUUUCAGAAGUUCUCCUUGGCCAGGUACUGACUGCAGGAGAGGGUCAGAACCCAGCCCGUCAGGCAGCUGUUAGUGCUGGUCUUCCUUACACUGUCCCAGCUUCAGUUAUCAACAUGCUCUGUGGGUCAGGCCUCAGAUCUGUGUCUAUGGGUUACCAAGCAAUAAAGUUGGGAGAUGCUUCAAUAGUGGUGUGUGGUGGCCAGGAGAGCAUGAGUCAGGCCCCUCAUGCUAUACAUUUACGAUCACCGGUCAAGAUGGGGGAUGCUACCAUGGUAGACAUAAUGAUGAAAGAUGGAUUAAUAGAUGCCUUUCAUAACUACCAUAUGGGAGUUACAGCGGAGAAUGUAGCAAAGAGUUGGAAUUUAACAAGAGAGCAGCAGGAUAUUUUUGCCCUCAAGUCUCAGGAAAAAGCAGAGGCUGCUCAACAAGCUGGCCACUUUGAGCAAGAGAUUGUACAGGUGGUAAUACCAGGGCGGAAAGCUGCAACAGAAGUAAAAGUUGAUGAAUACCCACGACCUGGCUCUACUUUGGCUGGUUUAACAAAAUUGAAACCAUGUUUUAUUACCGAUGGUACUGGCACUGUGACCCCAGGAAAUUCAUCCGGUAUUAAUGAUGGUGCUGCAGCUUUGGUGUUGAUGAGUGAGAGUGAAGCUAAACAUCGAGAGAUCAAACCCCUAGCCUCAGUUGUGUCCUGGGCACAGGCAGGUGUAGACCCUGCUGUUAUGGGUACUGGGCCAAUUCCUGCUGUUAAAGCUGCUUUAAAAAAAGCUGCCUGGGGCAUAGAUGAAGUGGAUUUAUGGGAGCUAAAUGAAGCAUUUGCUGCACAAAGCUUAGCAGUCAUCCAAGAGCUUGGCAUUUGUAUGGAGAAAGUUAAUGUAAAUGGUGGUGCCAUUGCUUUAGGCCAUCCAAUUGGAGCUUCAGGUGCAAGGAUUCUUGUGACAUUGCUUCAUGCAAUGUUACGUCUUAACAAGAAGCGAGGAGUGGCAUCUUUGUGUGUAGGUGGGGGAAUGGGUAUUGCUGUGUGUGUAGAGCGCUUCUCAUAGUAUAUAUAUUGUUCUAACUUUAUAAUGACCUUUCUAAACUUUGCCAAGAUGCUUUUUGAGCAAUCUCAUUGUGUAGAAACUAUAUUUUAUUUUUCCAAAAAUAAAAAACUUCCUAAUUUUUGGAAAAAUUAAUUUAGCAUAUUAAAGCUCAAAUAUAGUGCCUUUAAUCUGUCAUAAAGCUAGUUUUUAAAACCAUUAAUUUUUAUUAGUUAAUUUAGAGGUAAACUCCAGGCCCCUCUUUUCCCUGUCAUUACAAGUGCUUUACAUAAAAUUAGUAAAGCUGAAAACAAAUAUUUUGGGGUGCAAAAUUUUAUCAUAAAUAAUAUUUUUAAAAAGAAUAUUAGGAAAAAUUUCCCCAAUUAGAUCACUUAACAUGAUGUUAUACAGGAUAAUCAUACAGCAGUUAUAGGGACCCUUCAUAGCCUUAACUUCCAAUUGGAAUGGUAAAUGUUGAUUUAAGACAACUUUAUAAGUGAAGCUUUUAAUAAAAAUUCCUACAGAGUUUGAACAAAAUUAAGCUUGGAGUUUUGGACAAGGAAACAUUAAGUUUUGUUCAGUUUGUGGUAAUCAUUGUUGAUGGCAGACAAUAAGGUUGAACUUGGUUUGGAAGAAGAAUGAUCAAGGAACAUUUCUUCAAAAUUUUUAAACAAUUGACUUAGUAGUAGCAGCGGCUUUUAAACUGGGGGGCGCAUUUCAAUAUUUCAAAGUGUGCAUGAAAGCCAAGGGAAAGUGAUAAACAUAUCCCCGACUGAAUAUAUUCCCAUUUAUAUAAACAGAGUUAUAUACACAGAACACUAACUGAAGUUAAUUGUAUGGAUAAUUAUUGCAUGCAAGAUAAAUAAGGCAUGCUCUCUUAACACUGUAUCACUGCCUAUGUAAGGUACCCCUUGGUAGCCAAUUGACUUUCAAAUGUGAGACGUUAAGGUACCACUUCUACCAGGUAGCAUACCUUCAGGUUUGAGAAGUGUAUUUUAGUUUGAUAUAUAUAUAUAUUUUUUUUUCACGAUGAUUAUAUUAAAUACUUUUGAUUUUCAGUUGCUUAUUUAUCAGAUGUAAUGGUUUCUUGCCCUUGUGUGUGUGUGGUGGUCUUUUUUUUGUGAAAACAUGCAAAACUUGUGGAUUUUUUCAAUAGUAGUAUAAUAUUUCUGUCAAUCGUUGUGUUACAUAAAAGUAUAUGUAUAUCAUCUUAUAUUUAGGUGAUGCAAUUGAGACGUCACAUAAAGCAGGGGCGUAAGUGCCUAUUAAAUGUUGCACAUACAUGAGCUCUGGCAUAGAAAAGGUGUAAGUGCUCUGUCUUGUGAUGAUAGGUAUUCUGCAGAUUGCAGUUGCCUGGUUUCCAAAAAUCAUCAAACACCAUUUUGAUGUCUGCUUCUCUGAUCUCAAAACAUUACUAAUUGCAGGUACAAGGGGGGCCCACACAUACAGCUGCCACAUGCUAUGGUGUAAGCUUUGGGUAUAAGUACGUAUACCAAUUGACAGAGAAUUGAAAAUAGAAAAAAGGGAAACCCGUUAUCUCAUAUUUGCACAUUUGGCGCUACCGUAGUUCCCGUGCUUCAAUUGUUUGAAGAACGGAGUUAUUUGACAAUGAGAAAAGUUCAUUGGGCUUUCUCUAUUCUGUUUCCCUGUUGCUUUUUUAUCAAAUGCAUCGACUCCUUGCCUGUGGUCAUUAUGUGUUUGAGGUGUAAUCUCAUAAUUUUGGGGCAAAACUAUCUAAAGAUCCCCCCCCACCCCCAAUAGUCACCUUGUAUUUUAUAUCGAAUCUAUGCAAGCAAGUAUUAUGAGUGAUCGUUCUUUUUUCUAACACAUAUCUUUGUGAGGCAAGGUUUUUAUUGCUUCUUGUUGUGAAGAUUUAAGUUUUGUAACAGGCUGAGUGUUGAUAGCAGCAUGCAGAGUGAUCCUUUAUUUGAACCCACCAAGAUUCAAAUGCUUAAGGGUAGGUAACAGUUCCUACUUUCCCAUUGAAAUCUGAUUGUGGGCUUUUAUUCAUAAUCGAGCUUUUGAAAAUAUUUGAUUCACAUUUAGGGUACAGUAUGUAUGUUUUUGUUAGUUUAUACAAGAUAUUUGUGGAGAAGAAGCAGGCCUAACCUUCCUCACAAUUAAUUUGUGAAAAUAUUGCAUUCUCUCAGCAAUACUGUACAAGUUUUGUUUUUUUGUUCUUUGGGGUUCACAGGGUGCCACUGGUUGAAGGUUAGUGUUUGGAUGUGCAGCUCCACAAAGGUUAAGAACUGUAGAUUUAGAGAGCAAUUGAACUGACAAUCAAAACAUAUAUUUUUCCACUUUUUCCAUACAGGCCUUUUCCUACUAUGAUGAUGGGUGGUUGGACAAGGUAUAGAUCUGCUAAUUCUUAAUAUUCAAUAGCUUGUGGGUUGUCCCACUCUUGCCAGGUUGUUAGCCCACGUAAGAUUUGUUCCUCCAUUGACAAAAGGCAUCUAGAACGCAGGAGUACUCAGAUUGAAAUUGGAAAAUUUGUCAUGUUAAAAAUAAUUUGGUAUGAGGUGGCAGUACAAGAGCAUCCAUUAGAUUUUAAACCCUAUAGGUGUCAGAAAUACAUUAGAUUUGUACUUUCAGAACAGGUACAGUUUUAUGUAGUUAAUUUGUUUAUUUUGGGUAACAAAACAUGAAUUCUCAUAUUUUGUCAGUGUAUACUUACAGGUAUUUUGAGCAGUUCAAUGGAUCUUUGCAUCUUUGUAUGAAUGACCACAUACUUUAAAAAGGUAUGUCACAACAUUCCUAUGUUUUAAAAAAUUCUUUGAUUUUAAAAUGCUCUUUAAUUAUUUAUUAAUUAUAUUUUACAUUUAAUACUUGGUUUUCAUAAAAUGUUUCCGGUGGAAAGCCCAAAAUGGAUUUGGAGAUGCUGUGAUAUAUGCAGUGCUGUGACUGUAAUAAGAAAACAUGUGUUUUGAUGUUACCUGACCGAGAUUAAUAAUUAGUUUCAUCUUUUAAUCAAGACAUUUUGUUCCAUGCCCUCUGUGUGUCAGCAUAGACAUCGGAUAAAAUGUUUGGGUUACAUCUACUUCCUAGUGAAAAUCAAUAGUAGUUUUAUGUCAUUGGCACUGGAGUAGCAUAUUCUACUUUGUUUGGAUGGAAGGGUGUUGUCCUGUGUGCCCCCACCAACAUUGCAGGGUUUCUCUAGGUACUCCAGUUUCCUCUUUUAUUAAUAAUGGACUCGUGAAGAUACAAGUUAAAAAGAAAAUCGGCUAUUUCUCACCAAUUUUAUCUACCGGGAGUUGAUCAUUACAUUGACUUUCCAUUACAUUCCAAGAAAAUUGAAUUUCAGCUUUUAAGAGAAUAGAAUAGGUGAAGCUGAUGUGGUAAAGUACUAGUCUAUUUUGAGAUGUUAAAGAAUUAACAACUUAAUGAGUGAAAAUUAUAAGUCAGUGUAAGAGAUUAAUUAAUGGCAAGACACAUACAGGUAUGACAAUAAAACAAUUGUUGUAAUUAAGUUUUGGAUAGUUACUCUCAUGUUUUAUUGGACCUGGCAUAGCCCAACUCACUAGGUGCAUAAAAAUAUCUUCAUCCAUUCAUUUAUUGGGGGGGGUAAUUAUCUUUUUAACCUUUGUUUAUUGUAAAGGGUUGUGUUAUAUUAAAGCCAUAUUAAUUAA